AUGUCUAGUAUCAAAGAAGUAGUAGUAAACGAACUCCAUAAGCCAGCUAGAAAAAAAUUUAGAAGAAGACACGUUUUAGUUAGAGGAUUAAAUGAUUUAAUUCAAGCAGAUUUGGUAGAAAUGAUACCUUAUGUUAACAAGGGUUACCGAUACAUUCUUGUCGUUAUAAACAUAUUUAGCAAGUUUGUGUGGGUGGAACCUGUUAAACGCAAAACCGCAAAAGAAGUGAGUAAUGCUAUGGCUAAGAUCUUAUCCCAGAUGAAGUACAUGCCACAUAAUUGUCAGACAGAUUUAGGCACGGAGUUUUACAAUAAAGAAUUUAAGAACUUGAUGACACAAUUAAAAAUUAAUCAUUACAGCAUGUACUCAAAUUUAAAAGCUAGUGUUGUGGAAAGGAUAAGCAGGACACUGAAAAACUUAAUGUGGAAGCAGUUCAGCCUUCAAGGGACUUAUAAAUGGAUAAAUAUAUUACCGGAGAUUGUGAACAGGUAUAAUGAGACACAACAUCGAACGCAUGGUCUGGAUCCCAUUAAAGUAAAUAACAAAAAUGAUACUAAACUGUUGCAAACAGCUUAUAGCCUGCAACCUUAA